CGGUCAUGUGAUCAGUUGUGUCCAAUCACAGUUGAUCACAUGACACUGAUGAUCAGUGUAUCCCCAGCAGCGCCACCUGUCAGUGUCCAUCAGUGCCCUUGUCAGUGCUCAUCAGUGCAUCGUGCCAGUGCCCAUCAGUGCCACAUCAAUGCCACAUAUCAGUGCCUACCAGUGCACAUCAAUGCCACAUAUCAGUGCCCAUCUGAGCUGCCUUUCAGUGUCACCCAUCAGUGCCAGUCAGUGCCACCUAUCAAUGCCAAUCAGUGUCACUUAUCAGAGCUGCCAAUCAGUGCCACCUAUCAGUGCCAGUCAGUG